UUUUUGUCACUCCCUUGCCUGGUCCUUUACUCAGCUUUCGCCCUCUGCCUAGAGCUGAUUCUUGGGUCUAGCUUUGUGUUCUGCUUUGGUCUUUUAAAGGCGGAGGCAUCGAAGAGCGUCACGGAAGUUGGCCAGGAGCUGGCAGAGCUGGUGGAACAGCUUGUAGACAUUGUCAGGAGCCUUCAGAAUCAGAGACACCCCCCAGAAUCUGGACCAAAGAACCAACUGAACAUCCUGGGCAUGUCUUUUUCUGGUGGGGUGGACCAUUCCUUGGCUUCUCCAAAGCCGGUGACUUCCAACACACCUGAGGAAAAAAUGAGAGACAUUCUGCAUGACCUAGAAGAUAUCCGAGGGAAAUUACGAGAAAACUUCACAGGGAAAGAGCGCCUUGAAGAACAAAGGCAGGUUAAACUCCCGGAAGGUCUUUCUUCCUCCUCGUGCCCACCGACUGGCCAGGGCCCCCUUGCAUCCAGGUUUGCUCAGUGGGCCAUCAGUCCAACCUUUGAGCUCAAGAGCCUCUCCUGUAGCCUGGAGGUGUCCCAGGAUCGCCGGAAGGUGACUGUGUCUCACAUGCCACAGCUUUAUUCCUGGAGCCGUGACAGGUUUACAACCUGCCAGGUCUUAUGUGCCCAAGCCUUCUCUUCUGGGCAGAAGUACUGGGAAGUGGACACUCAGCAUUGCAGUCACUGGGCAAUUGGGGUGGCUUCCUGGGGGAUGAGUCGCGACCAGAUCCUGGGAAGGACCAGGGACUCCUGGUGUGUAGAGUGGAAGGGAACCAGCCAGCUUUCUAUGUGGCACAUGGUCAAAGAAACUGUCCUUGGCUCAGAAAAACCGGAGGUGGUGGGCAUCUGGCUGGAUCUUGAGCAGGGGAAGCUGGCCUUCUAUUCAGUGGCUAAUCAGGAGAAGCUUCUGUGCGAGUGCCCGGUGUCCGCCUCCUCGCCCCUGCACCCUGCCUUUUGGCUCUAUGGUUUACAUCCUGGAAAUUCCCUGACGAUAAGGCCAGUCAAGGUAUAAAGCUUAAAACACGGGGGUUUUCUGUCCUCUCUGUCUGCCUUCAAGCAGGGUAGCAACUUAGAAGAAUCCCACUCUUGAAGUUAAGGGCUGUGCAGUAAAGGGUUAACUCUGCAGACUUGGGAUGUUAAAAGUCUGCACAGUCCAAAGAAAGGAAGGGCCCCUUGUUUGGCUCCUGGAAGAUAAUCUCCUUUCCUUCAGAAUAUCCUGACUCGUAAGAGUGACUUUGUUCAUCUGGAGGCCUUGGACCAGGAGGUGUCAUCAGCCUGACCUCUGGGGAGCUGGAGACUAAGGUUGGUGAGGCCUGUCUACCUGACCAACCUCCUCCCCUAAAAGCCCUGGAUACCAAGGCUUGGGUGAGUUUCUCUGGUUGACAGUACUCCUUGCACACUGUCACACAUCGUUGCUGGGAGACUUAAGCAUUCAUUGCCCGUCUGACUCCACUGGGAGAGGAUAAUUGGUGUCUCUUGGCUACUGCCCUAUGUGCCUUUUUUGGUACUACUGAUUUUAAUAUGUAUCUUUUCACUGUAAUAACCUAACCAAGAUUGUAACAGCUUUGCUGAGUUCUGUGAGUCCUAGUGAAUCACUGAAGCUAAGAGUAGUUUUAGGGACCCUCAAAGGCAAGGGGCAUGUUAUGAAUCUCUGUGUAAUAUUACCACAAAUGUAGUAGUUUCAAACAACACACAUUUAUUGCCUCAGAUUCUGUGAGUCAGGAGUCAGGGCACAACAUAGCUGAGGCCUCUGCUUCAGAGUCUCACAAGCUGCAGUCAGGGUGUGAGCUGGGGCCAUGGUGUCAUCAGAGGCUCGACUGGGGAAGGAUCUGCUUCCAAACUCACCGGGUUGUUGGCCACAUUCAGUUUCUCAUGGGUUGUCAGACUGAGGGCUUCAGUUUCUGUUGAGUAUUGGUUUGAUAUGAUUUUAUUUUAUUUUUUAAUAUACCUUUAUUGUUGAAAAUAUUACAGAUGUCCCCCUCUAUUCUCCAUUGACCACCUCCACCCUGCCCCACCCCCCUGGUUUGGUAUGAUUUUAAAUCCAUUCAUUUAUGACUUAAGUGAAGUUGUUUUAAUCCUGUUUAUGGCAAAGACAAAAAAAAUGUUUUUAGAAGGAAAGUUGUUUUGAUAUAGAAGAACGAAGUCAGGACGUCAUUACCUCACCUGUUGUUGAUAAGCACUCAGUAGCCACUGAGGGCCCCUGCUGGGGGCUCACUGAUGAGAACAGGUAGAGAAGCAACUAUGGCAAGAGGACACUUAGACUAUAAACCCUGGUACUCAGCUGGUAAAUACUGGUGCUUGGCUCGGCGGCACCGUCA